ACUUCCGUUUCUGACACAAACAUCCACCUCCCCGUCGCAUCGCCGUCGCGACGGCGCCCCUACAAAUACAACGACUGUCUCGGCCUCCUGAGCCGCCGCCACUUCUCGGAUCCCGAUGCGACACACCCAAAUUCCAACAACAGCUGCCCGCUUUCCCUCAUUAGCUCGAAGCCUCUGACCGGGGGCGAGGGGUUUGCCCCCCUAGGGUUUGUGUCUGGGGCCGGAUCGAUCUGGCCAGGGUUCGGCGGAGUUGCUCCAAUGGGGGAUCGGGAUGAGGAUGAGGAGCUCCAGAUGGCGCUCCGCAUGAGCCUGCACGGUUCGCCGCCGGCGCAGCCGGAGCCCAAGCGCAGCAAACCCCCGUCGACCGCCGGGGAGUCGCCGGAGGCAGAGGCGCGCCGCAAGCAGCGAGAGCUCAUGGCCGCCGCCGCCGAGAAGCGCCGUCGUUCCUUCGCCUCGCCCGCCACCGUCGUGGUAGCGCCGCCACCGCCACCCGCCGUGGUGGCGGAGCAAACGCCCUCCCCGCAGGAGGACGUAAAGGUGGAGUCGGAACUAACCGUGGUACCUAUGGAGGAACCCAAGGAGGCGGAAGUGGAGGUGGAAGAGGAGGAGAAAGGGGAGGAGUUACCUCCGAACAUUGCUGAGAAGCUUUGGACCAUGGUGUUUGGGAGCAGGGUUUCAAAGGCAGUGCUGGCGCAGUGGAGCAAUCAGGGUAUCAGAUUUAGCUCGGACCCAGAAACAACUAUGGGGCUAGUACAGCAUGAAGGUGGUCCUUGUGGUGUCUUAGCUACAGUACAGGCAUAUGUCCUCAAAUAUAUUUUGUUUUUCUCUGAUAACUUGGAUAAUCCAGAGGUCAGUGAUCCAUCAUAUGCUUUGGGACAAAGACGCUUUUAUCAGAGUUCUUUUGCUGCCAGGGAUGAUUUUUCUUCCCUAACUGAGGAUGGAAAGAAGAGAGCAUUGGUUCAUGCUAUGGUGGAAAUUCUUUUUUUAUGUGGAGCUGGGAAAAAGGCUGUUGUGGCUAUCGUUGGAGGUGUCAAUCGUGGAGUAAGUGGAUCUGAUAGCAAGCAGAAAAUUGAUCCCACUUUGGAAGGCCUUUCUGUUGAAUCAGCAAUGGAUUUCCAGAAAGUUCUUAGAGUAUGUACAUUUACCUCGAGGAAGGAUGCAUUCAACAUGCUUCUGGCAAACAUUCCUCUAUUCGAAAGUCGACUGGGAGCCAUUUUAUUUCUCAUCUCUUCUCUACUCUCACGGGGAUUGGAACUUAUCCAAACAGACAGGGAUGAUCCAAGCCAACCAUUGGUCACAGCUCCAUUUGGGCAUGCUUCACAGGAAAUUGUGAAUUUAUUGCUUUGCGGAGAGGCUGUUCCAAAUGUAUUUGAUGGUAAGAUGGACCUUGGUGGUGGCAUGUCUCUGAAAGGCAUUCCAAAUGAUGUGGAAGUUGGUUUCCUUACCCUUCUGGAAUCACUAAAUUUGUGCAAGGUUGGUCAGUACCUGAAAUGCCCAAAAUGGCCUAUAUGGGUGGUGGGAAGUGAAAGUCACUACACUGUCCUUUUUGCUCUAAAUCCCAACGUCCAAGAGGAGAAUGAGCUGGAAGAGCGGGAAUCCAAAAUUAGGAGGGCAUUUGAUGCUCAAGAUCAAAGUGGAGGUGGAGGCUUUAUUAGCGUUGAGGGAUUCCAACAAGUUCUCAGGGAUACUGACAUAAAUUUUCCUCCUGAUAAGCUUGAGGAUCUCUGUAAUGCGGGUAUUAUAGUAUGGAGUGAAUUCUGGCAGGCACUACUACAGUUGGAUAAACGGGCUGGAGGCAUGAAGGAUCCAACUGGCCUUAUGGGUAAGAAGCAAUUCACUAUGUACCACUUUAAUGGAAUCGCCAAGUCUGUGCUGAAUGGGAAUUCAAGCACAGGAGGCUCAAGUCCAAUACAAAGACCCAGGAUAUGCAGGUUAAAUGUCAGUGUCCCACCUAGGUGGAGUCAGGAUGAAUAUCUAGCUGAUGUAGUAAGCUCAUCGACCAGCGGCAGCAAGGAUGACAGUGUUCUUUCUCUUGCUCCACCUGUUCAGACUUCUCAGCAUGCGCCGCUAGUGGACUGUAUUAGAACUCGAUGGCCCCGAGCAGUUUGCAACUGGGCUGGAGAUGUUCCGAGUAUUGUCUGAUGCUUGGAGCUUCCUGCCAGUCACUCUAGCUCUGUCGCUUGUUAUACUAUUUCCGAAGAAGGCUCUUUCUGAGCAGACUGCUUCAGCUUCCAGAGUGUUGACCGUGCCAUGCAAAAUUGUGGAAGGCGCUGCUGGUGUUGUAAUUGUUAGCCUGAUGAAUAUAUGAUUUUUUUUCCGUCGACAUGAAUCCUGUUAUCGUGUGAUUUUAUCAGGGACAUGAGUAUUCUUUUUCUCUUUUUAUUUCAUAUAUACUAGGUGUAUACUCCAUUUAUGGAUAUGCUUUAAGUCUCGAGGCGCAUUCUUUUUUGUACACAGAUAAUUUUGUUGUAGUUUAUUUCAGAACUGACACAGAGUUGAGUGACCAGAAUUCCAGUAACUCAGAAAGUAAGCGAUGAUUGAACCAGUAUGAA